AUCUCUGCCGUCAUAUGUCUGAACAUUUUGUUAAAUUGCCAGGGGGCGGUGAGGGGGGUAGACAGGUAGGCUACAUAUACCUUUUCUUCUUUCUUCGUAGUGUGGGAAGAGUUGGCCUACUAUGAAGAAAACACACGAGAUUUUCUUUUCCCUGAACCCAAGCUGACACCUUCGCACCCUGGGAAACAUAGGGAGGUGCUCAUGAAGACGGCUAAAAGUUUUCCAGGCAUUGCUCCCAAACUAGAAUUUUCUACAAGGACAGCCAUCCGAGAAUGUGUGUUUCUGCAUGGAAAUAGAUUUCUUGAAGAAAGAUACAAGCCACGAAGGCCUUUAUCCACAUCACAUAGACAGAUAUCCCCCUUAAAUAAUAUAAAGAAGAAGCCAAAGAAAAAUCUUGAUGGACUUCCCAAAGGCUUGCAGUCCCGGGCUCCCUCUCCGUACUCUACCAGACGUUUCUUCCUGGGCCAGCCAACUCAGAUGAACCUUGGAAAUACCUUUAAAUUCUCUGGAGAAAGAAAACCUCCAUUUGUGGUUAGACAUGUGGACAGUGCAAAGCCCUUUGGUGAAAAUAAUUUGGAGGAUCAUUUGUGGAAGUCUAGAAGAAAAUCUAAAUUUUCAGACUUUACGUUUCCAAUGAGAAGAGCUGCUUCUCUUGACAGCCUUGCAGGAAACAUAAAGGUUAUCAAAGAACCAGAUGAAUGGAUUGUUUUAAGGAGAGAAUCACCAUCACCUUUAGAUUCAAGUAAGUUUGGAAAGUCCUCACCCAGUAACCAAAGGGAUGCAGAUUUCUUCCGAAAAACUUCAUUUACUACCUCCCGGCAUUCCAGAUCUCCCAGCCCUCUUGAUCAGCCUCUUCAAGAAAGGUUCCAUCCUAGUUCUCAGUCCACGUGGAAGAAGAUCCAUGAAAGGAUAUGCAAUCUUCUGACAUCACACAGAGCUCAGCAGCAGCCAAAGGAUGAUUCUGUCUUCAAAGUAAAUGAUGUAUUUGGAGACCCAAGCUACCCUCUGAAGAAAUACCCAUCACAUGAACAGAGACAUUUUUAAUGGCUGUCUUAUGGGAAAAUAAAUGAACACUGAAGGAGGAUCAAGAAGAGCUCACUCAUCAAGAUAACUGACACAUCCAUGGAGAAAUGAACAACAAUCUUUGUUGUCUCUAUUGAGUUGCUGGUGUCUAAUCCCCUUUAAAUCAAAUCCCUUACUCAGUCUUUUGUGCUCAAGUAAGAGUUGAUUAAAGUUUUUGCUGUUUGGGGCUCACAUUUUUUUGUCAUGUGGAAAAUUCCUAUUUUGUUUGUGUGUUUGUUUUGAGCAUGAAAUUGAAAAGCACUUUUAGGUAAGCACUUUUUAGAAUUCUAAUAAAGGGGAAGGGGGGAGAAAUGACCCAAACAUUGUAUGCACAUACGAAUAAAAGAAAUUAAAAAAAAAUUCUAAUAAAAAUGUUUUACAUUUUUAGAGCUAGAGGAAUAACCUGAUAAAUCCUCCAGGAAAAGGCUGUCAACCUGAUUUUUCUCUAUUUGAUACAUAUGUUUUUAUUAUUUAUUUAUUUUUAGUGUUGGGCUUGAUUUACAUGAAGUCUCCUUAAAACCAAGGAAAAGACAGCAUUACAUCUAGAGAAUUUGUAUCUUGUUUUUAAAGGUAAAUUUGUAAAAGGAGACUUUUUUUUUUUGGACUGUAGUUUAAAUUACUCUCCUUUUUCUAGCAAUAUUUUUGAGGCAGGGUCUUGCUAUAUAGCCUAGAUUCAAGCUCCUCCUACCUCAGGCUCCCAAUUGCUGGGAUUAGAGGUGGCAUCCCCAGGUCCAGCUUCAAGCAAUUCUUGAUAAAUAUUGGUCAGGAACAAAACCUUCCUCAAAUAUUUUUCUGAAAUAACUGCUUUAAGAAAAUAGGUCCCACAGGAAGGACUGCCAAAACCAGAUUUUAAAUUAGUGUGCCUUUAUGAAAUGCUUCACAGUUUGAGCGAGGAGGAAGAGGAUGAAGACGGGAGGAAGGGAGACUAGAGGGACAUUUGGGUGCAGAUCCAAAAUGCCCACUUUUAUUAGAGGUCAUUUCCGUUUUUCUCACUGAAUGCUUCCCUCCUCACUUUCUGAUCUGCUAAUUCUACUGUUUAAAUUACUUGGAUUUUGACUUUUUAUUUCUCAAGGGAUUAAGCUUUGAGGAGUUAUAUGGGGGCCAGGAUUGCAAUUCAGGUAUUUUGCUUUUGGAGUGUGUAAUAGCGUGAAUAAUUUUGUUGAUGUAUUGAGGUUUGGAUUACUGUGGAAAGAUCUGUCAUUAAACAUCGUAAAAAGAAUUCCUACCUGUCUUACUUCAGUUUAUAAUUCCUUUCUUGACUUUCACCAUUGCAGAUCUGUCAAAUCCUCAACCAUAUUUUACAAGCAUACUUCAUGGGGUGUCAGUUUGCAGAGGAUCCUGGGACAGUCUCUUAUGUGAAAUCUGGGCCCUCUAAGCAAAAGCUAUACAUAAAGACUGUUUCUGUAUGGUCAUCAGUCUAGGUGAAGUCUGUAGGUCCUGAAGUAUAAAAGAGAUAAAAAUUGGAUGAUAUGACUGAUAUAGAAGAGUUGGUUGGUUUUAAGUUUAUAAUCUGAUG